GUUGUUCAAGAUGACCUGGAUGAAGGGAUUAUUGGUAAAAAUGAUAUUAGAUUUGUUGCGGGGAAUGCUGGAAUCACCAGACCUGCUUUCAAGUAUUGCAGACACAAACAGAUUUUUGUUCUAGAGGUUUUUAAGACUGUAGACGAUGUAACUAUACUCUAUAAACCUUUCAAACAUAAUAAAGAAAUCUUUUUAACAUAA